UCGUCACAGCGAGGUUGCAGCUUCGACGAGUCUGUCGCUGAACCUAAGGCCGGGUGCUUGAGAGGAAACUGCCAGCGACCACAAUCUGUGGGUUUGUGAGACGCCUUGUUGCUGAUUGGAGGCCGCUGGCUUAUCCGGGUGAUUGCAAGGCCGGCCGGCGGGGGUUUAAGGGAAGGCGGCGGCGGUGCUGAGCUCACACCACUUCCUCACGCCGCCCGCUCAACGCGCUCUUGCUUGUGAAAGACGAUGGCUGAGCAGGAAAGCUCGGAGUACGGCAAAGCCGACUUUGUCCUGUUGGACCGUCUCACCGCCGAGGAGUUCCUGGCCAAUCUGAGAGUCAGGUUUGAGAAGAACAGAAUUUACACGUACAUUGGAGAGGUGGUCGUCUCUGUGAACCCGUACCAGCAGAUCGAUCUGUACGGGAAAGAUAUGAUCGAGCACUACAAGGGCAGGGAGCUCUACGAAAGGCCACCACACCUGUACGCCAUUGCAGACGCAGCUUACAAAGCUAUGAAGAGGAGAGCAAAGGACACCUGCAUUGUCAUCUCAGGAGAGAGCGGUUCGGGCAAGACGGAGGCGAGCAAAUACAUCAUGCAGUACAUCGCGGCGAUCACCAACCCUGGUCAGAGGGUGGAGGUCGAGAGCGUGAAGAACACGUUACUGAAGUCAAACUGCAUCCUCGAAGCUUUCGGGAACGCAAAGACCAACCGAAACGAUAACUCCAGCCGCUUCGGCAAGUACAUGGACAUCAACUUUGACUUCAAAGGAGACCCUACUGGUGGACACAUCAACAACUACUUGCUUGAGAAGUCAAGAGUUAUUGUGCAACAAGCAGGAGAAAGGAAUUUCCAUUCAUUUUACCAGCUUCUCCAGGGAGGCUCCGAUGACAUGUUGCAGGGCCUGUACCUACAGAGAGAUGUCUCGGAAUAUGCGUUCACCAAAGACGGGGUGACUGCCGCUACGGGGACUAAUGAUAAAGGGAACUUCAAGAUAGUGAUGAAUGCAAUGCAGGUACUUGGAUUCAGUGAAGACGAAAUCACUGCCAUCUAUAAAGUCUUGGCCACCAUUCUGCACCUGGGGAACCUGACCUUUGAGACGGAGGGUGACACGGCCCUGGUCAGUAACGGCCAGCUGCUGUCCCAGAUAGCGGCAGUCACCAUGACGGAGACGGACACGGUGAGGAAGACCCUCCUCCACCGCACUGUGGCCACGGGCGGCGGCGACGUGAUCGAGAAGGCCCACACGCACCAGGAGGCGCUGUACGGGCGUGACGCCUUCGCCAAGGCAAUUUACGAGCGUCUGUUUUGCUGGAUUGUGGAACGCAUCAACACGGUCAUAGCAGUGAAGGGAUAUGACCCCCGGGUCCAUGGCAAGAAUACCGUGAUUGGAGUGCUGGACAUCUACGGCUUUGAGAUCUUCGACAGCAACAGUUUCGAGCAAUUCUGUAUCAAUUAUUGCAACGAGAAACUGCAGCAACUGUUCAUUGAGCUGAUACUAAGGCAGGAGCAAGCGGAAUACCAGAGAGAGGGGAUCGAGUGGCAACAUGUGGACUACUUCAACAACCAGAUCAUCGUGGACCUGGUGGAGCAGCCACACAAGGGCAUCAUCUCCAUCCUGGACGAGGCUUGUAUGACGGUGGGCAAGGUGACCGAUACCAUGCUGGUGGACACCAUGGAUGUCAAGCUGGGCAAGCAUGCCCACUACACCAGCAGGAAGCUCGCCCCAACUGAAAAGGAUAUGGAGUUCAACAAACACUUCAGAAUAAAGCACUACGCUGGACAAGUCACGUAUGCUGUGGAUGGUUUCAUUGACAAGAACAAGGAUAAUCUAUAUCAGGACUUCAAACGCCUCAUGUACAACAGUGUCAACCCCGUGCUGAAGGACAUGUGGCCGGAGGGGGAAAUGAGUAUCACCGAGGUCACCAAACGACCCCUGACAGCAGCCACCCUCUUCAGAAGCUCCAUGAUUGCCCUGGUGGUUAACUUGGAAUGCAAGGAACCUUACUACGUGCGAUGCAUCAAACCGAAUGACCAAAAAUCCCCGGUGCUGUUCAACUACGAACGCUGCAGGCACCAGGUGGAGUAUCUGGGCCUGUUGGAAAACGUGCGUGUGAGACGGGCAGGAUUUGCAUAUCGGCAACCAUACCAUCGCUUCUUAUUGAGGUAUAAGAUGACAUGCGAGUACACCUGGCCGAAUCAUCUCAUGUCCACCGAUGCGGAGGCAGUCCGAGCCAUUAUAGACCAACAUGGCUUCCAGCAGGAUGUGGCGUAUGGGAAGACCAAGUUAUUCAUCCGAACACCGCAGACUUUAUUUGAACUGGAGACGGAACGAGCAGAGAAAUUUCCCUUCAUCGUACUGUUUCUGCAAAAGAUUUGGCGAGGGACGCUGGCAAGGAAGCGUUGCCGGGGCAUGAGGGCAGUCUACACCAUCAUGACCCACUACAAGACCUACAAAGUCAAGGCCUAUCUCAUAGAGAUAAUGAGGCGUUUCCAGAACGUACGGAGCAUGAGCGACUACGGGAAGAGCGUGCUUUGGCCAACGCCGCCCACAGUCUUGGUUCCCUUUGACGAGAACAUGAAGUACCUCUUCAGAAGGUGGCGGGCGCGGCAGAUCGUGAAGAACAUCGCGCCGUCCGAUAUGCCGCAGAUCAAGGCCAAGAUGGCGGCCAUGGACUCGUUCCUGGGCCGGAGGCAAGACUGGGGCGUGCAGCGAACCUGGGAGAGAGACUACCUCGCGUCUGCUAAGGACAACCCGGAGAUGAUGUCCCAGUACGUCACGGCCGUGAACAGGCUCAAGUGCAAGGAAAGGUUCAACAGUGUACUCUUCUCCGCGCAUGUGAGAAAGAUAAAUAGGUUCAACAAGUGUGAAGACCGUGCCAUCCUGAUAACCGACCUGUACCUGUACAAACUGGAGCCCGCAAAAUGCUACAAGAACAUGAAAACCCUGCCUCUCACACAGGUGACGGGACUGAGUGUCACCAGCGGCAAGGACCAACUGAUCAUCUUCCACACCAAGGCCAACGAUGACCUGGUUGUCUGUCUCCAGGGGAACGCUAACAGGAUCGGAGAGGUUGUUGGAGUCCUGGCAAACCACUUCACCAACCACAACUUACCACUGUUGGUCAAGGUGUGCAACCCGGUGCAGUGCCAGAUGCGCGGCAGACAGCGUACCGUGCUGGUAGAGAUGAGGAUCGAGCAAACAGACCCAGACUUCAAGAAAAACCGCACGGGCUUCACGUUGUACUGGUCGGGAAUCUGACACGGCAGUCGCGGAUUCACCGACCGGGAGCCCUCUCGAUGCAAGCACAGUUCUUUUUAUUUGUAAAGAUUUUAAUAAAACAAAUCCUAUUUUCUACUCAUUUGUCCAUUGUUGCGUUGAGUUAGACAGGGCUCUUCGAGGUAGCGGAGUCAAGGGAUAUGGGGAGAAGGCAGGAACGGGGUACUGAUUGGGGAUGAUCAGCCAUGAUCACAGUGAAUUGCGGAGCUGGUUCGAAGGGCCGAAUGGCCUACCCUGCACCUGUUGUCUAUUGAAGGACAAGGUGAAUGUGAGGAAGAUCAGAUUUUGCCCAGGAACCCAAUGGUGUAAAGCCUCAGUCCCCCUGACCGGACCCGAUCUCCCGGUAGCCAAGCACCAACUCCCCCUCCCAUUCCCACACUGACCUUUCUGUCCUGGACCUCCUCCACUGUCAGAGUGAGGCCCAACGCAAACUGGAGGAACAGCACCUCAUAUUUCACUUGGGGCCACUUACACCCAUAUAACCAUAUAACAAUUACAGCACGGAAACAGGCCAUCUCGACCCUUCUAGUCCGUGCCGAACACGUAUUCUCCCCUAGUCCCAUAUACCUGCGCUCAGACCAUAACCCUCCAUUCCUUUCCCGUCCAUAUAACUAUCCAAUUUAUUUUUAAAUGAUAAAAACGAACCUGCCUCCACCACCUUCACUGGAAGCUCAUUCCACACAGCCACCACUCUCUGAGUAAAGAAGUUCCCCCUCAUGUUACCCCUAAACUUCUGUCCCUUAAUUCUCAAGUCAUGUCCCCUUGUUUGAAUCUUCCCUCCUCUCAGUGGGAAAAGCUUGUCCACAUCAACUCUGUCUAUCCCUCUCAUCAUUUUAAAGACCUCUAUCAAGUCCCCCCUUAACCUUCUGCGCUCCAAAGAAUAAAGACCUAACUUGUUCAACCUUUUUCUGUAACUUAGUUGCUGAAACCCAGGCAACA